CUUUCCACUAUCUCUUGCAGAGAGAAAUUGCUGAUUAUUCAAUAGUGCCACGACCCUUUCCACUAUCUCUUGUAGAGAAAAAAGAAAUUGCUGAUUAUUCAAUAGUGCCACGAGGUUACUAUUGUAAUUUCGCACGCAGCUCUUCUUCCCACGCUCUCUCCAAAGCCACCGUUUUUCUGUUAUACAGUUGGUUACCUCCACCUCUAACUCUUCUAAACUUUGUCCAAAAAAAAAAAAAAACUCUUCUAAACUUGGGACACCAGACCAUAGCCACCAUAUCCAUGAAGAAGCUCAACAACAGCAGCAACAUGACCAACCCAUUUGAUAUGUUCACCGAUGAGAUCAUCCACACCAUCCUCGACCAUCUAAACGACGACCCAUUUGCCAAAAAGUCCUUCUCUUUGGUCUGCAAGUCCUUCUACUUCAUCGAGCGUCUUCACCGCAAAUCCCUCAAGCCCCUUCGCUCGGAGCUCCUAUGUAGAACCCUCCAUCGCUACCCUUCAAUUUCUCACCUCGACCUAUCUCUCUGUCCACGUGUCGACGACCCAUCACUCGCCUCACUCUCUGUUUCAUGGAAAUCGACGCUCCGUUCGAUCAAUCUCUCGCGCUCCAGAGACUUUACCAGCAUUGGGUUGCUGCGAUUGGCCACCAACUGCUCUUCUCUGGUCGAGAUUGACUUGUCCAAUGGCACUGAGUUGACUGACUCGGCGGCCAAAGCGAUCGCAGAGGCUAAGAACUUGGAGAGGCUGAUUUUGGCGAGGUGUAAAUUGAUUACUGAUAUUGGGAUUGGGUGUGUGGCUGUUGGGUGUAAGAAGCUGAGAUUGCUUUGCUUGAGGUGGUGCUUACGUGUCACUGAUUUGGGUGUUGGGUUGAUCGCUAUGAAAUGCAAGGACCUUCGGAGUUUGGAUCUCUCUUGUUUGCCGAUCACAGAAAAAUGUCUCCCACAUAUCCUGCAAUUACAACAUCUUGAAGAUUUAAUUCUUGAAGGAUGCCUUGGAAUUGAUGAUGAAGGCCUUGUGACCCUUAAGCAUAGUUGCAAGUCCCUCAAGAUGCUUAAUUUGUCAAAAUGUCAGAAUGUUAGCCAUGUGGGUUUGUCUUCUCUGACAAAUGGUGCUGAACACCUAAAGCGGCUAGUCUUAGCAUAUGGUCCUUCGGUCACCACUGACCUAGGAAAAUGCCUACUUAAUUAUUCGAGGUUGAAAUCGAUUAGCCUAGAUGGCUGUUUAGUUACAUGUUCUGGGACAAAAGCCAUUGGAAGUUGGUGUGCCUCACUGAGAGAGCUGAGCUUAAGUAAGUGCUUGGGAGUUACAGAUGAGUGUGUCUCCUUCCUCGUGCAAGCCCAUAGAGAGUUGCAGAAAUUAGACAUCACCUGCUGUCGCAAAAUAACUUCUGCCUCUAUGGAUUGCAUAACAAAAUCAUGCACCUUCCUCACUUCCCUCAGGAUGGAAUCGUGUAGCCUGGUUUCUGAAGAUGCUUUUCUGUUGAUUGGACAGCGUUGCCAAUUCUUGGAGGAAUUGGAUGUCACAGAUAAUGAAAUCAACAAUGAAGGCUUAAAGUCUAUCUCAAGAUGUUCCAAACUUUGUCGUCUAAAACUGGGGAUUUGCUUGAACAUUACUGAUGAUGGACUUACCCACAUUGGAAGUGGCUGUCCAAAGCUUAAGGAGCUUGAUUUGUACAGGUGCUUGGGAAUAACUGAUGUGGGCAUUGCAAAAAUUGCUUGCGGAUGUCCUACUAUGGAGAUGAUUAACAUUGCUUAUAAUGAUAAAAUUACAGAUUCUUCAUUAAUAUCAUUGUCACAGUGUUUGAGGUUAAAGAUACUUGAAAUUAGAGGAUGUCCUAGUGUCUCAACAGUGGGUCUUUCAGCUAUUGCUGGGGCAUGUAGGCAACUUGAAGUUCUGGACAUAAAAAAGUGCUUCAAUAUCAAUGAUAAUGGAAUGCUUGCACUUGGUCAAUCUUGCCAAAACCUCAGACAGAUAAACUUGUCAUAUUGUUCAGUUACAGAUGUUGGGCUCUUAUCUCUUGCCAGUACCAACCGCCUGCAGAACAUGACUAUUUUGCACUUGACGGGAUUGACCCCAAAUGGCCUUGCAGCUGCCCUAUUGGCAUGUGGAGGCCUAACAAAAGUCAAGCUUCACACAUCCUUGAAACCAUUGCUUCCAAAAUAUAUCUUUGGGUACAUGGAAGGCCGUGGUUGUGUGUUUCAUUGGAGGGACAAAGCAUUCCGGGAGGAAAUAGAUCCAAAUGGAUGGCAAUUGCAAGUUGGAAGGUCUCCUGAAGCUGCGUAGAUUGGGAAGAAAAAGUGAAAACCAGACAUGUAUAGUGCUUAUAACAAUGAGUCAAUGACCAUUAACGACAUAAUCAAGACGCUUCCAAUUUGCUCAAUUCUCCCAAUACCCCAAAACAGGUACUAGCAUUCCUCUGCUGUUGUUUGGCACGUUGAAGGGGUGCUGCAAAAAUACAAGUAUAUGUGUAUUUGUUUUGUUCAAUUAGAGAUGCUGGCUUCAUGCUGUAACCUGCAUGAACCGACUGCCUUUAAACUUGACUAUAUCUUGCAUUUGUUAUUCUUUCCAAUUCUGCUGCAUAUCAAACACAGAACAAUAUCUAGCUAA